AUGUUGGAGGAUAUCCGUAUAUACCUUUACCUUUACCUUUACCUUUUUGAUCGUCACUCGUUCUCUUUUGAUUAUCACCUAUUCUUACUUACCACAUACACACACCCCCUGUCGUUACCCGGUCACCUAUAUAGCCUGGCUGUAGAUACCCGUAUACCUCAGUCGUUUCACCUACGCUGUGCCCGACUGAGGCAUACUCUUACUUAUAUUCUUCUGUCAAUACAACAACAUUCCAAUGAGGGCUAUGUCGAGGGUAAAAAUUCCGUCGGCUCGUCGUUCUCGAGAUGGGAAAUCACUUCUAUGGAAUCUCACGAAGGUGGAGUUAAUGAGAUCAUCGUCUCUGAUGUACAAGAGCGAAAGAGCGCACGAUAUUCCUCCAUCGCUGGCAAACAUGGAGAAGGUCCAUCCAGCCUCGGUGAUAUCUGCGACACAACGACAUUACCAACACUAUGUUUCAUCUCAUCAUUACACUAUACGGUAUCUUCAGGCACGCCGGACGCAAGGACACACUACGAAACCCAUCCUCUCAACCCCCAAGCCGAGCGCUCACGACCGAUAAGGAACAUCAAAGAAUGGACACGUUCAGAUGACUCGAAGGAAGUGAAGCCCCCAUGUGCACCUCCUGCUGUCGGACAUAGCGCACACCAUGGACCGUGGAACCCCAUUUUCGCGAUGGAAGACUCAACGGCACGGGGAGUUACGCCAACCACACAACAAUGCAAGUUUCUUUGUAGCCGAGAAGUGCUUCUUACCUUCGAUUGGCCUAUCGUAUUGCCAAAGUACCGUCACCAUUAG